UCGCGAGUACCUAUUUUUUAUAAUAUUAUAUAUUAAUUUUCUGGUUAUGCAACGAAACAGUCAUUGACAAUGUGAUCAAUUUAUUUCUGUUAAGCUUUAUAGAACAACCUGCCGUCAGACCACGGAACAUAACCAACGCGCGCGGUAAAGAUAGUUCGAUCCGUUUAAAAAUUAAAACGCAACAAUAAUGUUCACAGUGUCGGUUGUCUCGGUGUUUGUGGCGAUAGUUUCGCUAUUUUUACAUCCGACCGAGGCAGGCUUACGGGUUUUGGCCGUGCACACGAUAGCGGCAAAAAGUCAUUGGUAUUUCGUGGACAGAUUUUUGCAAUCGCUGACCGACGCCGGUCAUAACGUUACGGUUUUCACUUGGUUUCCAGAAGGCGAACGGCGAAACUACACGGAAAUCGUUUUGAAAGGACCGAUGCGUUUGAACCUGGACUUGGUCGAAAAUAAAGAACGGCUCAGACCUCCGAACAAUCUGAUCAACCACGUGGUACGCCUCAACAGAUUAGAAUGUGACAUCAUCUAUGGAAAUUCCAAAAUCAAAACGAUAAUGGCGGCGGGCAAUACCGACGAAUUCGAUGUCGUCGUCACCGAGUCGUUAGCUUCGGCCUGUAUGUCACACUUGGUUCGCCGUCUCCGUGUACCUCUGAUUUAUCUCUUUCCGUCGCCAAUACCGACUUACUUAGAGUCAUCGUUUCUGGGCCAAGAGCCCAACCCGGCGUACGUGUCGAACAUGAUGUCGUCCGUUGGCUACCCAAAGUCAUUCCGACAACGAUUGCUAAAUUUUCUCACCUACAAAUACAGUAAAUUCCUCUUGUGGUAUACCGAAACGAGAGCGAUGAAGUCCAACCCCAAACCGUACGACUAUAUAGAACCGGUCGUACCGUCCUUGGUUUUUGCAAACAGUCAUUUCAUUGUCGAGCCGGCCAGACCAAUGCCACCCAAUUUCAUAGAAAUCGGCGGCAUUCACCUUCCCAAACCAAAUACAAUACCGGAUGACAUUCGAGAGUUUAUUGAAAAUUCGCCCAAUGGAGUUAUUUACUUCACGUUUGGAUCGACAAUAAAAAUGUCAUCAUUUCCAGACCGCAUUAAAACCGCAUUUAAACUAGCUCUUGCGCACCUCCCCCAGAGGAUACUGUGGAAAUAUGAGAGCGAAAUGGAAGACAAACCGGACAACGUGAUGACGAAAAAGUGGUUCCCUCAACGCGAUAUUCUCUUGCACCCGAAUAUCAAGCUGUUUAUCGGUCACGGUGGAAUAUCUGGCGUGUUUGAAGCUGUCGAUGCCGGAGUUCCGAUGUUAGGGUUUCCACUUGUCUACGAUCAACCGAGAAACAUUGCCAAUCUGGUCGACGCCGGAAUGGCCAUUGCACUCGACGUGAUGACCGUCACCGAAUCUCAGAUAUUCGAAUCGAUUAAUGAAUUAAUCAACGAUAAAAAGUACACGUAUAAUGCUAAACUAGCUUCCAAGCGUUUCAAGGAUCGCCCAAUGUCGCCUGCUAAAUCAGCCGCUUACUGGACGGAAUACGUUGUACGACAUAAUGGUGCACAACAUCUAAAGACUAAAGCGUUUGAUCUCACGUGGUACGAAUACUACCUUCUAGACAUACUAUCUCUGAUACUCGUCACGAUUUCAUUAAUUGGCUUUAUUAUUUAUAAAUGUUUAAAAGUUAUAUACAAACAAUUUUUAUUCAAGUUUAAGUUCAAAAUUGAGUAAAGUUUGCGUCUGGCUUCUUUGUGCUUUGUAUAAUAGAUUAAUUAUUUAUCGAGAAUUAGUAUAACUACACUAAUAUUAAAAAUAUUUUGUAAACCAUGAUCAAAAAUACUAAUAUAAUUUUUCGGUUCAAAUUUCA